CCUGCGGCGGCGCCGCCAUUUUCUCAGCCGAGUGCGGGGCGGCGGGACGCUCCCGACUACAGAACAAUGUUUGUGCCAAGGUCUCUCAAAGUCAAGAGGAAUGCUGACAAUGACAAAAGCUGCACUGCUAAGAAAAAUAAGUCCUUGUCUGGAGAACCCUCCUUAGAGGAGGUUACAGACUUUAGUGAUGUUAAGUCAGCUAUUAAAGAAACUUCUGCUUCUGGACAUCAUUUAUGUAAAACAGUAGAAGAAUGCGCAAAGCCACAUACUUCUCCAUGUUCAGACUUUCACCUGGCUGAUACAUCUUUGGGAGGAGACAACCAAAAUGCUGAUGGAGAUGGCUCUAAUGUGGAAGAACCCAUAAAAUCUUUUAGCAAAUCUCAGCGUUGGGCAGAACCUGGAGAACCUAUAUGUAUCAUUUGUGGUCGGUAUGGGGAAUAUAUCUGUGAUAAAACAGAUGAAGAUGUUUGUAGCUUGGAAUGCAAAGCCAAACACCUUUUGCAUGUUAAGGAAAAAGAAGAAUGGCUAAAAUCUGAUGGGGUUAUGAAACCUGAAUCUCAAAAAGAAACUUUGCUUGACAUCCCUUAUGUCUAUAAAGAACAUCCCUUUAUUUUAAGUCUACAAGAGGACCAAAUUGAGAACCUUAAAUUGCAGUUAGGUAUUGCUGUUCAGGGUCAAGGCGUCCCAAGACCUAUUAUAGAGUUUGAACACUGUGGUUUUCCUAAAAUUUUAAACUAUAAUUUAAAGAAUUCAGGUUAUGAAGUUCCAACCCCUAUCCAGAUGCAGAUGAUUCCUGUUGGACUGUCGGGAAGGGAUAUUGUGGCCAGUGCAGACACAGGAUCAGGAAAAACAGCGGCCUUCCUGCUUCCAGUUAUUAUUAAAGCUUUGGAAGAGAUUAAAACACCAUCUGCACUUAUUCUGACACCUACAAGAGAGCUAGCAAUUCAGAUAGAGAAACAAACCAAGGAGCUGAUGACAGGUCUGCCAAACAUGAGGACAGUUCUCUUGGUUGGAGGUUUACCGUUACCGCCCCAGCUUCAUCGCCUUAAACAAAGUGUUAAGGUUAUAAUAGCAACACCUGGAAGACUCUUAGAUAUUUUAAAACAAAGCUGUGUUCAGCUCCAUGAUAUAAAAAUCGUAGUUGUGGAUGAAGCUGAUACCAUGUUAAAGAUGGGUUUCCAGCAACAGGUGCUGGAUAUUCUGGAAAACACCUCCACUGAUCGCCAGACCAUACUGGUUUCAGCCACAAUUCCAGUAGGUAUUGAGCAGUUGGCAAAUCAGCUUCUUCAGCAUCCUGUAAGAAUAACUGUUGGAGAAAAGAACCUGCCAUGUGCCAAUGUUCGUCAGAUUAUCUUGUGGGUAGAAGAACCAUCUAAGAAGAAAAAACUAUUUGAAAUAUUAAAUGAUCAGAAACUCUUCAAGCCUCCAGUGUUGGUAUUUGUAGACUGCAAGUUAGGAGCAGAUCUGCUGAGUGAUGCUGUUCAUAAAAUCACAGGGUUGCAGUCCAUAUCCAUACAUUCGGAUAAGUCCCAAACCGAAAGAACUACUAUACUGCAGGGAUUAUUUCAAGCGAAGUAUGAAGUUGUAGUAAGCACUGGAGUCCUUGGAAGAGGGCUUGAUCUUGUCAAUGUCAAACUGGUAGUAAAUUUUGAUAUGCCCUCGAGUAUGGAUGAAUAUGUGCAUCAGGUUGGAAGAGCAGGGAGAUUGGGUCACAAUGGAACAGCAAUUACUUUUAUAAAUAACAACAGCAAGAAGCUUUUCUGGGAUGUUGUGAAGAGAGUAAAACCAACUGGCACCAUUCUUCCUCCACAGUUGCUAAAUUCCCCUUAUCUUCAUGACCAAAAGAGAAGAGAACAACAGAGAAUUAAACAGUUACAGAACAGUGUUGUAACCGGUGAUAAUCUUAUGGACAUUAUUAGGAAACAUGACAAAAGUAAUCCUCAGAAGUAAUUAAUGUGACUAUUUAUUACUAAAAUUUAAUUUUGUUUAAUUAUAAUUAAAGUUCUGUAUUUCAGUAAAAAAUUAAAUGUUUAUUUACAUGAUGGUUGGUACAUAUUUUUACAUUUUUUUAAUGUGGAAAAAUAUCUGUUUUUUAUUUAUACCUCCAAAAUACAUUGGUUGGUUUAGAAUUAAAGUAGUGUCUGCUUUAAAAUGACAGCCUAAAUUAAAAAUCACAUUAAUGGCUGAACUUCCCUUGGUGCCUGGUGUUACUAGUAAAAUUAUUAUAACUGAUUAAGAUUAUUGAAAAAAAUAACAUUUGUAUUUAUUUCCUUGGGGGGCUACCAGUUUCUGUAAUUUAUCCACUUCUGCAUAUAUCACACUUGAUCUCAGCUGGAUUUAAGCUGGUGAUCUAGAUUCUGAGCCUUUUAUACAUUUAUAUAAAUGCCUAAUUUUAAGCAUAAGCUUACCUGGCCAGAUCCUACCUUGUGUAAAUCAUCACCACUCAGUUUGAGAUGGUGAACAAUGACUGUUAAUGUAACUAAGAAUGUAGCACAGAGGUGGGCAGUUAUUUUGGGCGGAGGGCCACUCACAGAGUUUUGGCAAGCCAUUGAAGGCCGCAUGGGUAUCCCCACCCCUAGAUAGGUACUCUGCCCCCUGGUCACCAUCUUGGGACUGGCAGUUCCACCCCCUAAGCUGUGAACUUUGCCACCAGAAGUCCCUCCUCUUGCCCCCUGGAAGUACUCCUUUCAGCAAAGGGGCUUGCCAUCUUGCAACCAGAAAACUACCAAAUUAUAUUGUAAAAAUCAAAUGUGUAUUACAACAUUCAUUAAUUU